AUGAAUAAAAACAAUAUACUUUUAAGCUUUAUUGCUGUAAGAAAUGGCUUUUACUGUGAAGUCAGCAUUGGGAUCACGGCCAACGCCUUCCUUCUUCUCUUCCACGCCCUCUGGUUCUUUCUCAAGCACAGGCCCAGGCCCACCGACCUGGCCAUUGGGCACCUGGCCCUCAUCCACCUGGUGAUGCUCAUCACUGUGGGGGUCAUGGCUGCAGACAUUUUUGAGUCUCGAGAGUUAUGGGACGACAUCACGUGUAAAGCUGUCAUCUACUCAUACCAGGUGAUGCGGGGUCUCUCCCUGGGCACCACCUGCCUGCUGAGCGUCCUCCAGGCCAUCACCCUCAGCCCCAGGAGCUCCUGGUUGGCAAAGUUCAAGCGCACAGCCUCACAUUACAACCACUGUGGGUUUCUCUUCCUAUGGGUCUUCAAUUUGUCCAUCAGUGCUUGUUUUUUAAUUUCCACUGUUGCAACCACAAAUCAUACCUCCAACAGUCUUAUGUUUGUCACUCAAUCCUGCUCUCUUUGGACCCUGAUCUACUUACCCAGGUACACAUUUUUCAUAUUGUGGAUUAUAAGGGAUGUUUCCCUUCUAGGGCUCAUGGCCGUCUCAAGUGGGUACAUGGUGACUCUCCUGUGCAGGCACAAGAGGCAGUCCCAGCACCUUCACAGCACCAACCUCUCUCCAAGAGCCUCCCCAGAGCACAAGGCCACCCGCACCAUCCUGCUGCUCAUGAGCGUCUUUGUGCUCCUGUAUUUGAUGGACUGCAUGGUGUACUCAUUCUCAAGUACGUGGUGGAAGAGUGACCCAGUGCGCCUGUGUGUCCAACUGUUGGUGGGCAAUGGCUAUGCAAUGAUUGGACCUUUUGUACUAAUAAGUAGUGAAAAACUAAUCAUCAAGUUUUUCAAAGCUAUGUGGGAGGAGAGUAAGUGUCUACUUGUUCGUUAG